AUGGAAUUUGAUGAUGCUAAACCUCUUUAUACGAGGUAUGUUUGGCCUAGAGGAGAUAAGAGCUUGUUAUUUAAAAUCUAAAUGGUCAUUUCGUCCAUUAUGAUUUUUGUAGGUAUUGUACAAGCCACCAAUAUCUUCCUAUUAAAUAAGCAAUAAGAUAACUCAAUUACGUUAGGCUUCAUUGUGAUUAUUAUCUUAUUAGUAGUUUUAAGUACUAUAAACAUUCUUUGGGCUCUCAAAACCAGCAAGCUCUUAGCAGUAAGCGAUAGUCCUCAAAAUGCAACUAACACAAAGUUCACUUAGGUUCUUUUGUUCUUUACUCUCAUUUUGCUUACUUUAUAUGUGGUCUUCUUCGUCCUCUUCUAGUUUGCUUAAUCUGAUUUAUUCAAUGCAGCUAUGGCUUCAUCUUAGAGCGAUUUACAAAAGUACUAAACAAUUUAUAAUGAUCACAAAUAAUGGAUUCACAUUUUUGGCUAUGUUAAUUGCGUAUUCUUGGUGUUCACAGCUUUUACUCAAUAAAUCAUGAGUGACUCUAAGGUUGCUGCUAAUUUGAUGAUUUUCUUGUUGAGUAUUUCUCUUUUGUUUGUUUCAUACUAUUUGUUACAUGCAAUUAAUGUUUUAUACUCUGUCUUUGACUAUCCCUCUUACAGCUUUGAUACAGAACCUUUAACUGCUCUUAAGUCUGUUGCUGUUGUCAGCAUUUUACUUUUAAUUAUGAUCGUUAUUAUCAACUUACGUAAAAAGGAAGUUUCAUAUCUUUUAUUGGGUACCCUCUUGCUCUUAACACUCAUAGUUGCUGUUCCUUCUGCUGGAAAAGUAUUCAGAAUGUACAAUGAUGUUAACAAUAGUUACACAAACAACUGUCAUGAAUAGUUAGGCCAUUUAGAUUAUCAAUACUUAGCUUCAUAAGGUUGCCAACAAAAGUACAUUUACAGAGAAGGUUCUCCCAAAGAUUGCGGUAACCGUUUCGAUGAUUGCUUUGAAUCAAUUGAUAACUUACGUAAGACUGGUGUUGAAGAAAAGAGAUUCAUUACAACUGUUUGGGAAGAAAGUCUUUAUCCUAAGUCUAGCUAACAACCUCGUAUUGCUGGUUUAUCUUCAUAGUGCUGUGGUACAGUUGUUAAUGUUUACUCUCGUCCCUUCCUCAAAGUUGGAGCUUUAGCUUUGAGCUACAUUAUUCUUGUUUUCUUUUUGUCAAGCUAUCUCUAUUCUAACAGUUCUCAUCCCUCUUAACCCAAUGAAUUAGUUCUUUCAAGUGUUUCCAAAAACGUAUUAUUAGGAUUGUUCUUCGGUCUCUUAUUGAUUGGCGGUAUUUACACUGCUGUUAGUAGCCAUUCUACUGAUGCAGUACGUCGUAACACUGUUGUUGUAAAUAAACUCAUUAACAUUAAGAAAUCAAACCCUUCAAACACUUACCACGAAUACAAUAAGUGUACUUUAUUCUAACACUUCGAAGAUGAGUCUCUUGUCAACAGUGAAUAUAGAUAAAUUGUAUUUGCUGAUAUUAGUGUCUAAAAAGCUAGCAACUAAUACUGUGAAAAUUGCUAAAAUCCUGAUUUACUCUUGAUUAUCUCAACCGUUCGUGGAAACUCAGACAACUGUCCUACAAACUUCAGAUUUGAUUAUCCAAACCCAACUGAUAGAGUUCACGUAAUUCCUUCCACUCUCGCUCAACCCCUUGCAAACGACUAGGUCUGUUUUGACCCAGCUACUAAGAGAAGUUUAUGUACUCCUUGCUAAAACUACUUUGGAGUCAGUGGUGAUCCCAUUCAAGUCCUUAAUUAUGUUCGUAGCUCUGUCUCAGCAUGCAACAGAGAAGGUUUGAAAUUCGUCAUUUAAGCUUACUAAGUAGAUUCUAAAUUAUUCUCUGCAUAACAAAUUUCCACUAAGUCCUAGAAUUUAGAAUAAACAGUCACUAUUGAUACUACCUAACUGAAGAGAUCUAUCUUCCACCCUCACUCUAAGAAAGAUAAGGCUCUUGAAAACCCUAGAUUACUUGCUGGUUUGAAAAAAUUAACAGUCAAAUUAGCUGUAAGAGACUUAGUCACCAACUAAAACCUCUCUGGAGCUAACGUCUAGCUUUAUGAAUCCUAUGGUACUGAAAAUACAUGUUUUGCUGGUGACAAUGCUAAACUAAUCUACUAAGGCUUAUCUACUAACAAUGGCAUCAUCAACUUGGACUUUGUUUACUCAACACUUCCCACAACACGUUAUACAAUUUAAGCUUCGUUAGAUGGUUAUGCUAUUAAUUGUAGAACUUUCACUUUGAAUGAAAAACGUCUAUUCCUAGAUAUUGGUCUUUCUCCAGAACUUAAAACUCAUCAAACUAGAUUUGUCCUUGAAUGGGGUACUGAAUCAGGUCUUGAGACUGGUUAGGAUUUAGAUCUUUAUCUCAAUUCAAACUCUGAAGCAGACAAAUGGGUAUGCUAUUCUUCUUAUUUCAGCUCUUAAUGCGCUGGUUCUGUUUAUCAUGGUGAUGCUAAGGGUGAUAAAAUAAGUACUGAGGCUAUUACAAUUAAUGCUUUGGGCUAAACCAAGUAUUUAGUCUUCUUUAAGUUACCAGUAGUCUCAAAGAUUAACGGAAUAGUUGAUAACAGCAUUAUUUCUAACCUCAAGCCAAUAGUUAAAGUCUACACAUAAGGCUAAAGCAGACCUACUCAAGUCUCUGUAUUCGAUAACUCAUUACAAAAAGGUACUUUCACUGAUUAUGAAAAGAAUUUCAGAUUUGCAAAUCUCGCUUGGUGCAUUAGCGGCUAAAAUAGUGAAAUUGUUAAGUAUGCUAAAGGUUUCUCAUACUCUGUUGCCUGGUAAAUUGUUGAUCCAGAUAAUUCCAACACAUACGAUCUUCCUCUCUCUUCUGUCAUCUGUUGA